UAGUAGUGAGUCUUCUUACUACAGAAUUCGAAUUUCAUUAAACUGUUCUGGUGUAGAGUGAGAUGGGACUCCUAGUGGGCGUGUGCAAUGAACUCUGGUGGUGGAAAAACUGUGUAGAACAAUAGUUCCCCACUUUAAAUGUUCUGGAAUUGAAAGAGCAUGUAUAUAUUUGAAGUAAAGCCAUCGUUUGGACGUAGCUGAGAAUGAAGAAGUUGUAGUUCUUAAACCCCGAGAACUUAUCAUUUGGUAAAGAUUCAUAGUCAUUGAUCGAAUUCGAUGCCUUUCUCACAGUUUUAAAAAGUGAGAGUAGGAAAGAAAUAUUCGUAUGAAAAAAAAGAAAACUUCGAUUUUAUAUGUGAAGCAAGUCAUGAGACAAGACCUCGAUACUGAAAAUUCGAUUUCUAAUCAGUUUUGUGUGUACGUUCAUCGAUCCGUUAAUUUCUUCAAGAUCAAAUUAACAAGUUUGGAAUUAUGAAUGAUCGUUUCUUAGUUUUUAAAUAUUUGCAAAAAGAAUUUGCAUAAUCAUCAAAACACUAGUUAAAAAGAAAUUUUUUAUUAUGAAAUUCUGUUUAAUAUGAAAACUUUUUAUAUGUGUAUAUGCUUAAGAUAAUAAAUUAUUCAUAGUAAAAGUUUAUGAAUGAAAUUAACGAACGGCUUACUUCUUGUGCCGUUAGGUUUGAAAUUAUAAAAAAAUAAUCUUAACUGAUUAAAGUUUCAAAUUAAGUUUUUAUUUUUAAUUAAUUAAUUUAUUUUCAAUAUUCUACAAUGCUGAAAGAAUACUUCAAAUUUACUACAAACAAAGAACUUUAUUCUGAGUUGGCAAUCAUCCAAUUUUUUUCCAAGUUCUAUAGAGCAUGUUAAAAAACUUCGACAUUCGCGGCUCGAAGAAAAUAAUUACGUUAAAAUGGAUAUGUUUUUGUUUAAUCAUUUCUGCAUGUGAGUAUAAAACAAAAUAAUUAAACAUUGAUAGGUUAUACGAAAUCCGCCAAACUUUUCUUCCAACAAUGUCUGCCAGGGAUAUGUACGGCCCGGGGAUAACCGGCCCGCCGGUGGCCAGGUCACCCAAGCCUUCAUCACGUCGCUUAGAUAUGACGGGUGGCUAUGGUUUAUCCCAAAGCAGCCCACCGGUCACCACCAAGAUCUACCCGUCGGCUUCCAUAUCUCAACCACCUUCAGCCCGAGCCAGUCCGGUAUCCGGCCGUCCCUCCACUUCGCCGUCCCGGAAGGGACGUCACUUUGGCAUCAGCAGAUCCAGCAACAGCAGCCCCCUGACUCUGCCGACCCUGGGCGACCCGGGCAUGAAUAUGCCCCACUCGUACAGCAGUGGUUUUGGAGAAGGAUAUUAUGGCAUGAGUGAAGAUCCGAUGAUGGAUGGAAGAGGUAUGGUGCAUCGAAGUCGAUCGGUGACUAGGACCCCUCUGAGAGGUGCGUACCAGUUUUUCGACCGUGAUCCGGAACGUGACAUGGGCAUUGGCUUAGGUAGAGAUAGAUCUCUGGAACGAGUUGACAUUGCAGCUUCGAGGCAUGCAGCAAGGUCCAGAGAUAGAUCUUUAGAAAAUGCUUAUUAUAGUCUGAGAAGACCAGACGAAGUUCCAAUGCCAGAUCCCUAUAGGGGAGUAGGAGUAACGAGAGAGACCAUAUUAGAUGGGUUACCUGAAUCCUAUAGAACUAGUAUUUCAAAUUUCACCAGAGGGACCAAUCCUAUAGGGGAUAAUAGGUUAAAUUAUGGUGGUGCAAGAUUGGAGAACUUUCCCGGUGAGCUGCAGUCGCGUUUAACAGAUUUACAGAGUCAGUAUGGUAAUGUAAAACGGGAACUGGAUGUGACUGCCUCCAAGUUAGGCUCUAGUAUGCACAGUAUCAAAACUUUCUGGAGUCCAGAAUUAAAGAAAGAGAGAGCUUUGAGAAAAGAGGAGGCAGCCAAACACGCUCUCGUGAAUGACCAACUCAAAAUGCUCCGUUCGGAGAAUCAGAAGCAAGCGACUUUAAUCCAGCAGCUCGAAGAAGAACUAAGAAUGUCUCAUAUGAGGAAUCCCGAGGCAGACAUCCAACAUUUAGAGGCUCUCUAUGCAGAAAAAGAGCACAUGACAAAAGAAAUAUACCUUCUCAGGGAAACAAUUAAGGAACUAGAAAUGAGAAUUGAAACUCAAAAGCAAACCUUAGCAGCUAGAGAAGAAAGUAUAAAGAAAUUAAUGGAAAUGCUUCAAAACAAAGGUGUGGGAAACAAAAUGAUGGAAGAAGAAAGGAAAGAAAUAGAACGUUUGAGAACGAAAUUAUUUGAGAGUGAAACAAGAGCAAAACAUUUGGAAAAUAUAUUGGAAGCUAAAGACAAAGAUCUCGGAAGACUAAGAGAGGUAGAUGAACUACGAAUAGAACUGAAUAAAAGGGACCAAGAAAUUUUAGCCAUGAGUGCAAAGAUGAAAACUUUGGAAGAACAACAUCAAGAUUACCAACGCCACAUUGCUGUGCUGAAGGAAUCUUUGUGCGCUAAAGAAGAACACUACAGCAUGCUUCAAGCAGAUGUUGAAGAAAUGAGAUCACGGCUAGAAGAAAAGAAUAAAAUGAUUGAAAAGAAAACUCAGCAAACAAUGUCAGCCUCACAAGAAAGAAGUCGUCUUUCUCAGGAAAUGCAAGAACUUAGAGAUCAUAUGGAUAUUAAAGACAGAAAAAUUAAUGUUCUACAAAGAAAGAUUGAAAAUUUGGAAGAUCUUCUCAAAGAAAAGGACAACCAGGUAGAUAUGGCUCGUGCUCGUCUAACUGCCAUGCAAGCACACCACUCUUCCUCUGAAGGAGCUUUGUCCAGUCUAGAAGAAGCCAUCACUGAUAAAGACAAGCAAAUUCAGCAGCUUAGAGAGCAACGAGACAGGGCCGAACAGGAACGCAAUGAAGAUCGAGAAUUGCACGAGAGGGAAAUAGCAGAAUUCAAAAUGAAAAUGCAUGGUUUGGAGAGUGAAAUGGAAAAGUUGCAAGUCCGUUUGGAAAAAGCCGCGGCAGAGAAAGAUAGAGUAGAAGCAAAACUGGAAAAUUCUCAGUCUGAGUUGGGCCAAGCUCGUGCAGAAUUAGAAAAAAUUCUAAACGAGCAAAAUAAGUAUCAGAAUGAAUGGGAUCGCCAGAGAAGUGAAACGUCUUGGCAUUCCAUGGAGAACGACAGACUGCGAGAACAAAUGGAACGAAUGAAGCUGGAACUCGAAAAAUCUCAAAAUUCCAUAGGGAAAUCCCAUUUGUACCAGUCAGAUGAAGUUGGAAGAGUUCAGGAGCGAUUAGAAAGGACACAAUCAGAACUUAGAAGAGCCCAAGCAGAAUUAAGAAUGAACCAAGCAGAACAGGAAAGAUCUAGAGGAGAAGUGGAACAAAUUCAAGAAAAACUAGAGAGAUCCCAAGGAGAAAUUUAUAGAUUGAAAGCAAAACUAGAAAAUGCCCAAGUCGAAAAAGAAAGCCUCCAAGAAGAGUACGAUCGUGUGCAAGCUGCCGUUUCGCGUUGCCAUUCAGAGCGAGACGCUGCUCUUACUGAAGCUGAAAAGUUGAAGACAGAGUUAGAGCGAGUCCAGACGAAUCUGAGCAAAGCUCAGCUGCAGCACGAGAAGACACAAGCUCUCUUGGAUAAGGCGCAGUUGGAUGCAGAUCGCAUUCAAGAAAAAUUGGACAAGUCCAAUGCCGAAGUCCGUCGAUUACAGUCAGAGAGAGAACGCGCCCAAUGCGAGAUAGAAGGUCUUCAAAUGCAGCUGAAUCAGGUUCAGAAUCAGUUUCAGCGACUCCAAAAGGACAAGGAAACUUACCAUAUUGAAACGGAAAAAACUCGAGAAAAGUUUGAACGAUCUCAGAGUCAGAUGAGUCGCCUCCAAAAAGAAAAAGAAGUCUUCCAAUCUGAGCUAGAAAAAUUACAAGAGAAAAUCGAUGUGCUUCAAGCUCAGUUAAACAAGGCGCAGAAAGAAAAAGAUAACUCUCAGGCUGAGUUUGAAGUUAUUCGUGAGCGUUUAGAGAAGUCUCAAAACCAAUUGGAAAAAUAUCAUGUUGAUUACGAUACGUCGCAGGCAGAACUGCGAGUUUUACGCGAAAAGCAAGAAAAGAUGCAAAUGCAACUUCAGAAAUCAGCAGAAGAUAGAGAAAUGUCUCGAGCUGAAUAUGAAAAACUCGUCGAGAAGCUUGAACGAUCACAAAGCGAACAGUAUAAACUUCAGUCAAAGUAUGAACAAGUGCAGGCUGAGCUAGAUAGAGUCACACUUGAGGUUGAAAAGGCUCACCUCAUUGCAAAUAAAACUAAAGACGAUGCACGCAAAUCUAUAGAUGAAUUUGAAACAUUGAAAGAUAUGUAUGCCAGAAAUUAUUCGCAGCUGACAAAAACGAAAGAAUCGGAAGAAAAAAUGAGGGUUGAGAACGACAGAUGUCAAAUGGAGUUGGAAGUUAUGAGGGACAGGCACGAAAAAGCUCAGAUAGAAUUGCGACGAUUACAGUCUGAAAGAGAUACACUACAGUCUGAUGUGGAUCAUAUGACUAUUGAAUUAGAAAGAGUGCAAAGUCAUGUAGGUAAAACUCAGACUAGUCAUGAAAAAUCGCAAGAAGAGCUGGCUCGAUUACAAGUUGAGGUUGAAAAAGUUUAUGAAAAAUUAGACAAAUCUCAAACUGAGUUGAGACGUGCUCAGACGGAAAAAGAUCGAAUCCAAUCAGAGAAAGAAAAUGUACAAUCGGAAUUAGACAGGUAUCAGUCACAGAUGACGAAGUACCAUUCAACACAAGAAAAAUCCCAAGUAGAGUUUGAAAGAUUGCGUAUCGAUUUAGAAAAAUUCAGAGAUAAAUAUGAAAAAUCUAUUGUAGAGAUAGAAAAAUUAACUCAACAGAAAGAAAGCUUGGCUGCUGAAGUACAGAAAAUACAUAUAGAUUUGGAAAAAACCAGGAUGGAGAAGGGAGUAACAAUAACGGAGCGUGAACGUGAGAAACAUAGUGCUGAGGUUGAAAGAUUGCACAUUGAAGUUGAGAAAGCCAAAGAUAAAUAUGAAACAGCUAUGACAGAGUUGAAAAGAUUGCAAGAAAUUAAGUCAAAACAACCAGAUAUGGAGUUGCUUCGUAGAGAAGCUGAAGCAGCUCAAGCUCGUAUUGAAAAAGUAUCAGCUGUUGAAGAAAAAACUAAACAGGAACUAGAUAGAGAAGCCAAGGAUGUUGAACGAAUGAGAGACCGACUUGAAAGAGUUCAAGUAGAAUUGCUAAAGACGCGUGAUGAGAGAGAUGCUUUGCAGAAAGAAGUAGCAAGCUUGAAAGUAAACCUUGAGGAACUGGUGACGAAAAUGGACACUCAAGUGUUCUCACAAAAGGAGAUCGAUUUCCACGCUAGUGAAGCAGCUCGUCUGAAGCAGCUGUUGAGCAAAUCGGAAGCCGAAGUGCAACGAACAUUGUCCGAAAACAGCCGCUUACAGAUGGAAGUGGAGCGACUUAAACAAGACAUGGAAGAUUCAGAAGGUUACGCUACAAAGAUGCGUGAAAGUCAAGAAAAACUACAAGCAGAAUAUGACAGAAUGCGAACUGAAGUAAAGAAAAUGCAGGACAAACUAGAUCAAUCUCAAAAGGAACUUCGAAAAUUAUCAGACGAAAAGGAUGCGUUACAACGCCAAGUGAAAGAGUACGAAACGGAGCUCGAACGCACAAAAACAUCUGUUGGCCAGACAGUCGAAAUCCAAGAGGCUUCCAAAUCAGAAAUGGAGAAAUAUCGCUCAGAAAUCGAAAAACACCGCAAGGAUAUUGCAAACCUUCAGAACGAGCUUCAAAGACUGGAAGGUCAAUUACAGGAAACUGUUAAUGAAAAUCAAGAUCUUCGCACGGAAUUGGAACGAUCUCUUGACGCUUUAGCAACUAUACAUAAACAAUUAGAAGAUACAAAUGCUGACUUAGCAAAGGCAAGAGAGCAAAAUAAACAACUUAAGUCCGAACAGUUAAAAUCUCAGAAGCUCUCCAGUAAAGCAACUGCUGGCGAACGAGAGAUUGAAGCUUUGAGAAAUGAUAUGGAAAAGCAAAAAUCUGAGACGCAGCGAUUGCAGCAAGAAAAUCAACAGUUAAAAAAACAACUCGAGAAAGCGCAGGAAGAGGUAAAGAGCUUUGCCGUAGAGAGAGAACGAUUCCAAGCUCAGUUAGAGAUGCUUGUUCAAGAAUUGGAAAAAAGAGAACAAGACCUUCAUAGUCUGCAAGGACAAAAAGGUAAACUGGAAGCCCAACAAGAUGCAGAGCUUACGGCUCUCCGCAAACAAUUGGACGAAAAACAAAGAGCGCAAGAAGAUAUGGAGAAAAAACUUAAAAAACGCAAGGAACGUUUGGAUCAAAUGGAGCAACAACUUAAACAGGCGGAGGCUACGAAAGGACAUGCUCCACCAGGGCAAAUGGCUGACUUGCAACGAAAGAAUGUUGAAUUGCAAAAAGAACUAACAACUCUAAGGGAAGAAUCCAACAGGUCACAGACAGAAUUAGCCCGAUUACUCCAAAUCAUGUCCACCUCGGAGGAGGAAAAAUUCGCCUUGAAUCAACAGAUUAGCAAUUUGCAGCAAGCUAUGAGAGAGAAAGAUAACCAGUUAGGAGGUAUGAGAAAAGGAAGUCAGCAAGGAGGCUCUCAAACAUUACCAAUGCCUCUCCGACGUUCAGAACCAGACAAGCAAGAUCCAUCGAAGCAAGCUCAACCAGGCCAAGGACCAGCCAGUUUCUUCUCCAGCUUCUUCUGAUGCGUCUUGAGUUGCUAUUUGCACAAUGGACCAUACUACUUAGUUCCAGCGAACAUUAUUUUUGAUUCAAACUAUGGUUAUACUGCCAUGUGAACAGUAGAGGUUAUCACUUUGUGCCCCUGUUCUAUGUUUUUACUUCUUUGUUAAGAAAAAGAAAACAAAAAUAUAUCACAGCAAAUGAAAUGCCGUAUGUUGGUUGUCAAAUAUAAUCGGUGCCUUCUAUUACAAGAUAUCUUAGACGAUGGAUUCUGUGCACGUCCCCCCUCCAUUCUGUUCCUGAAAGAAAAAAAGAAAAAAGAACGUUAUUUCAUUCUCAGCACAGCUACACCCCCGUCUAUCGAUCGAUUUUCGACUUUUCCUGCCUCUUAUUUUUUUCUGUUUUCUUCUCUGCACUGAAUGUUCUGUGUCUAGAGGUUUUUGAGUAACCGUUUCCUGACUGUCCGUACCAUGUCAUUCUUCUAAAUGUGUGCCAACUAUUAUUUUUUUAUUCUUUCGUUCGUUUUUUGUGCCAGACUUUUCCAGCUGAGCCCCUUUCACAAAACCAGCUGCCGUUCCUAAUAGUAUUCGAAAAACAGUAGACAUCCACAUCUGUUGCCAUUUGAAAAUGAUGCUAUUCUAUAUGGAAAACUCUGGCUGAAAGCAUGCCGCUUCACCAGGAUUUGUACUUUAGUAAGUUGUGUAAAAAUUUUAGGAAAUAAAAUUAUAAUUGCAUUUAAUUCUGCCCAAAUGACAAAUAACCUUCAGGAGAGCUGUACACUUCUUCAAGAUGAUCUACUUAUAUCUUUAAAUUACUUGAUGAAAAUAAAUUACUAUAGUUAUAAAAUAAUUAUAAAUAAUGUGUGUAUUGUAUCAAUAUUUGAAUCAAAAUGU